AUGGGUGACAAACCUAUUACUACGAUAUCGGAUGAGGAGGCAAAGGAACCAACUACUCUGGAUGAGGAGGAGGAUAUUGAGGCAUUAGCGGAGCCACGGAUUGGCUCCUCGAUGGAUGGAUCAUGGAGGUCUACCACAUUGAAGAUGGCACCAUUAUUCGAGUAUGUUUCUCAAACUAUAGGAAUAGUGCUUGUAUAUGAUUCAACAAGGGUGGGUAAUGGAGAUAAGAGCUGGUGGGGAGAAGAUGACAAGAUGUACAAGUUUUAUGUCCACUCAAUCACUGGUGUGCGAUUGCUAUCAAAGCAAGAUGUACUACUAUAUAUCAAUGAGGCAAAGGUCUCGAUACUUGCAAAAGUGGACUUUCGGCCAAGUGGAUUGCCUGAAGGUUGGGUAAAAGAAAUAGUAUAUAGAAAAACAAAGGAAGGAUUGAUCAGGAGAGAUCCGUAUUACACGGAUCCUGCUAGUUCCUACACAUUCCGCACACUGAAAUCUGCAUUAUCCUUCCUAGAAACUGGAACGGUAUCCAAGCAUGCAAUUAUUCAAAGGACAAGUGUUCAUGAUCUGUACUCUUUUGAAAUAUCCACAGAUAUGCAUGAAAGUUUACGUAAUAGAUUAAUAGUAAAUGAGAAGCCUUAUCAGGAGCCCACAAGAUCAUCUAUAGAACAGGAUCUAAAUAUAGAUGACUCAAAAGACGGUGAUACCUCAGGUGGCACCGAUUCAGCAAAUGAGUCUGAAUAA